AAUGCUUGGAUUAUAUUGGUCAAGCCAACAUCCAAUCACAAUGCAGACUGAUGACGUCACAAUUGCUACUCAAAAUGUGGACGAUAUCGUCUUGAUGAUGAUUGACAGUGAGCACACGCCGGAUUUCGUCCUCAAAGGAGUUUUGCAUUUGAAGAGCUUGGUGACAUUUUUGAUUGGACCCACCUUGAGUUUUGGAACUAUAGUUCUGCCGGACUGGGAUUCAAUUAAUUCCAAGUCAAUGUUGAUAUCGUCCAGUAGGAAGGAUGAAGUUUCAGUUCCUAGCAUGUUGAACGGAAUGCUGUUUGCUCAAGAAUUCUUGCAAGCAACAGAGCUUGCCUCCAAGCUCGGAAUAUACGAGCGAUCGCCUGCACCGCAGAAAGAAAGUGUGAAACUGCAAUCGUUUCUUUCCACUGCUUGUUCGAAUGUUACGAUGCAAGCUCAACAAGCCACAUUUGCGAUUCUGUUUUCAAAUCACAAAAUGAGCCAAAUUUUCACCGAAAGUUCCGACCAGCAGUUGUUGAACUGUGACACAAUGCAGCUGCUUUUGUCUGUGUUACACGUAUUGUAUCCAGUAGACGAUUUUGAGCAGUUUGUGUUGCCAAGUAAAAACUGCAACAAAAAAAUGCCAGCAGAAACCAGGAAAGAAUCGAGUGAAAGAGGCAGCUAUCGUUCAAGGGAGAUUUCGGGCACUGCGAGCAGCUGUUCAACUCUAUCGGAGCACCAGUCGUGUAGACGAAGUUCCAGUAUCAUCACCACAUCCAGCUUUGUCCGCGAUUUCCCCAACGUUGAUUUCUCAACCGAAAACUUAUCUCGAAAGCACAGAGGAUUGUCGAUGCUGCGCGAAGCCGACGAACAGCUACAAAACGAAAAAGAAGAAGAUAAGGACGUUGAUGAUGAUUAUGAUGAUGAUGAUGAUGAUGAUAAUGAUGAAGAAACGAAAGCCUCAAGAUCUAGUCAGCUUGGGUUCAACAACAGAACAUUGGCCAAACUAUUAAGGAAGAAUUCUGCAAGUCAAAAUCACAUCAUUCGCGUCUGCUUGCGACGAACUCCCAAAAACGAAAAGACGAAGCCGACUUCCGUGCCUGUGGAACACUAUUAUGUCAUUUUCACGAAACCUUUUAAAAACAAAGAUCUCAUUCUAACUUUUGGCUGUCCUGUUCACGAUCCUGAUCAUAAGUUAUGCGCUCAAGUUUCACAAAAGAUGAUUCUGCAGCUGCAAACAUUUAUCGAAUUUCUACAAACCGAAAAUCAAGAACAAAGCAAGCAAACAAACUACGUAAAAGAUUUGAACUCAACUUUUGAGGAGCUUCUUGAUUUGCAAGAUUGCGAAAGUACAAUCAGUUUUCUCUCGUCUGUUUUGAACGAGUUCAACCGGACAGCUGGCAACAGACACAUGCCACGGGGAUCCACAAUAGUGAAGUGCAGCGACAUUUUGAACGCCAUGAAAUACAGUUAUGAACAAAUGUUCAUGAACCAAGAAUUCUACGUUGCUUCAGACGAAAAACUUGCAAGUUGCUUCGACGUCAUAAAAGAACAGACUGUUAAAUUCAGAGUUGCAGCACGAGGCACGUUGUCUUCUCUUGGAGUUCUGGAUCCUAUGUUGCACCUUGGAUGGGAAUCGGAGAACCUUCUCAAAUGUGGGGCCAUUAUAGCCCAAUUUCCACCACUUGUCUAUUUCGUACACACCAACGUCCAGUCUAAAUUUGGAAUAGCGCCUAAAUUCAAACUGUCCUCGCAAAAUAGGGACUUGAUCAAGAUUAUCACACAUGCAUACCAUGUAAACGAAGUUCUGACAGCAAAAAACCGAACUGUGGAGUUUGCGUGGCGCGGUGAUCAGUUUUUGUUCACACGGACUAUCUUCAUCGGCUCGGCUGGGGACGUUCUUGAGACAAUAGAUCGAAAUAUUUACAAACUGUUUUGUGUAUUUUUACCGUUUUGUAAGGCAAGUGCGGCUCUAAGUUGGACGAAGAGUCUUCACAGACUUCUCUAUGACGAGUUCAUACAAAAUGAUAAAAGGUUCCUUUAGUUAGAUAAUGAUAUCUUCAAAAUAUUGGAAGAUUUUCAUAUUAUCGAUAGGUUUUUAUU